GCCAACGUGCGGCAGCUGCACCAGGCACUGACGGCGCUGCUGAGCGAGGCGGAGCGGGAGCAGUUCACGCACUGCCUGAACGCCUACCACGCGCGCCGCAACGUCUUCGACCUGGUGCGCACCCUGCGCGUCCUGCUGGACAGCCCGGUCAAGCGGCGCCUGCUGCCCAUGCUGCGCCUGGUCAUCCCUCGCUCCGACCAGCUGCUCUUCGAUCAGUACACGGCCGAGGGCCUCUACCUGCCCGCCAGUACCACCACCCCCUCCUACAGGCAGCCCUCUUGGAGUGGCCCCGACGGCACCGCCGCUGCUGCCACCACCACCACCGGGCCGGGGGAGGUGCGCUUGGUGAGCCUGCGACGUGCCAAGGCCCACGAGGGCUUGGGCUUCAGCAUCCGCGGGGGCUCGGAACACGGCGUCGGGAUCUACGUGUCGCUGGUGGAACCCGGAUCCCUGGCUGAGAAGGAGGGGCUGCGGGUUGGAGACCAGAUUCUGCGCGUCAACGAUAAAUCUCUGGCCCGAGUGACCCACGCAGAGGCUGUCAAGGCUCUGAAGGGCUCCAAGAAGCUGGUGCUGUCUGUGUACUCGGCCGGGCGCAUCCCUGGAGGAUAUGUCACCAACCACAUCUACACCUGGGUGGACCCACAGGGCCGAAGCAUCUCCCCACCUUCAGGCCUGCCCCAGCCCCAUGGCAGUGCCCUGAGACAGCAUGAGGGGGACCGCAGGAGCACGCUACACCUCCUUCAGAGCGGGGAUGAGAAAAAGGUGAACCUGGUGCUGGGGGACGGCCGCUCCCUGGGCCUCACCAUCCGAGGGGGAGCUGAGUACGGCCUAGGCAUAUACAUCACUGGCGUGGACCCAGGCUCCGAAGCGGAAAGCAGCGGGCUCAAGGUCGGGGACCAGAUUUUGGAGGUGAACGGGCAGAGCUUUCUCAGCAUCCUGCAUGAUGAGGCGGUCAAGCUGCUCAAGUCCUCCCGGCAUCUCAUCCUGACUGUGAAGGAUGUGGGGAAGCUGCCCCACGCGCGUACCACCGUGGAUGAGACCAAGUGGAUCGCCAGUUCCCGGAUCGGGGAGAGCGCCACCAGCGCGGCCAUGGCAGGGUUUCCAGGGGACCUGGCAACAGAAGGGACAAGCAAGCCUGGAUUUUACAAGGGCCCGGCCGGCUCCCAGGUGACCCUGAGCAGCCUGGGAAACCAGACGCGUGCGCUGCUCGACGAGCAGGCUCGGCACCUGCUCACGGAGCAGGAGCGCACCACCAUGGCCUACUACCUGGGUCAGUACCGCGGCGGCAGCAUCUCCGUGGAAGCGCUGGUCCUGGCCCUGUUCGAGCUGCUCGAUACCCACGCCAAGUUCUCGCUGCUCUCUGAGGUGCGGGGGAGCAUCUCCCCUCAAGACCUUGGCCGCUUUGACCACCUGGUUCUGAGGCGGGAGAUCGAGUCCAUGAAGGCGCGGCAGCCCCAGGGCCCUGGGGCCGGGGACACCUACUCCAUGGUCUCCUACAGCGACACCGGCUCGUCCACAGGCAGCCAUGGUACCUCCACCACCGUCAGCUCGGCCAGGGAGCGGCUGCUGUGGCUUAUAGACCUGAUGGAGAACACGCUCGACCUGGAGGAGACUGGUGAGGCCACCCAGGGCAGCGUCAAUGCCCUCCCAGAUGUGUCUGUGGACGAUGUCAAGUCCACCCCGGGCAUGAAGCUGCCGCCUCCCGCGCCACCCCUGGCUCCAGGCCAUGAUCGCGGUGGCUCUCUGGGCCAGCAGUGGAAGCUGGGGAGGGAGGACCCGCGGCCUUCCUCUUCCUCCUCUGCCUCAAGCCCCCCACUGGGUGCCACUCCCGCCCUGGGGCCCUCCUCCACGCGGGACUCCCCCUCCUCUCCCAUCUAUGCCUCUGUCUCCCCGGUCAAGCCCAGCUCCAGGAGGCCGCUGGACGCCCACCUGGCCCUGGUCAACCAGCACCCCGUCGGCCCCUUCCCCAGGGUCCAGUCCCCUCCACACCUGAAGAGCCCCCCUGCAGAGGCCACGGGGGGCUGCCUUCCGCCGCCCUCCCCCUGCGACCACCCGGACCCUGCGAGCACCAACCAGCACUUCGUCCUGGUAGAGGUCCACCGGCCUGACAGGGACAGCGAGCCCGACGUGAACGAAGUGCGGGCCCUGCCCCAGACCCGCACAGCCUCCACACUCUCCCAGCUCUCGGACAGCGGGCAGACUCUAAGCGAAGACAGUGGUGUGGAUGCCGGGGAGGCAGAGGCCAGCGCCCCAGGCCGAGGCAGACAAGCAGCAGCGCCCACCAAGAGCAGGAGUAGCAAGGAGCUGCCUCUGGCUGAGAGGACCCCGGAGGGGGCUAGCAAGCCGCCCGGCCUCCUGGAGCCCACGUCCACCCUGGUCCGUGUGAGGAAAAGCGCUGCCACCCUGGGCAUCGCCAUCGAGGGUGGUGCCAACACACGCCAGCCUCUGCCCAGGAUCGUCACGAUUCAGCGAGGGGGUUCAGCCCACAACUGUGGUCAGCUGAAGGUGGGCCACGUGAUCCUCGAAGUGAACGGACUGACACUUCGGGGCAAGGAGCAUCGGGAGGCUGCCCGCAUCAUUGCCGAGGCCUUCAAGACCAAGGACCGAGACUACAUCGAUUUUCUGGUUACUGAGUUCAAUGUGAUGCUCUAGGGGCCCACCCACCCCCAGGCCCAUCCCUUCCCUGUCCUAGCCAAUCAGACUCUUUGAGGAGUCAGUGCUACAUAGCCAGGGUACCAGGCUAGCAUCCUCCCUCCACCUGGACUACUGGACCACAGAAGGUCAGGUCAGAAUCCUCUGUGUGUCAGGUGCACAGUGGGUGCCUAAUUCAAGUGAGGUAUGGGAAGGGAAGAAACGAAGAGGGAGGGCAGAGCGUUCGUUUCUCUGGGUUGAGUGUGGACAGUAAGUGAGACCCAGCCAGCCCCCAGGUGCCUGCAUCUUGACCUGAAGUGAGGUCGCCGGAUUCCCAGCACCACUUCCCGCUAGAGGACUUCUUGCAGGACCUUCAUUGCCACAAACAGGCAUCUAGCUCACCCACUCACACUUCCGGCCACCCAGCUCCUUAUCCCCUUGCUAUUUAUUUAUUGCCCUCCCCUGCACUCCGGGGACACCUAGGCCCCAGCUUCCCAUCGUACCCCUAGCCUAUCCCAGAGGCCUUGCAGGUGACCAGUGUAUUUAUAUACAGAGCUUAUGACUUUAAUUUUUCAAUAAAGAAAUCUA